AUGGGAAUGCUCCGAGGCCGCCACCGCCAGCGCCGCCACCGCUGCCCGCCCCGCACCCCCAUCUUCCGCCUCGCCUCCCCCACGGUCUUUAACCUCCCGCUGCUGCCGCCUCCGCCUCCGCCUCCUCCUCCGCCGCAGCCGUCGCCGCCACCCGCCAUGCUGCCCCCGCCACCGCCACCGCCGGAGGUGCGCCAGAACUACCAUCCCGACUGCGAGGCCGCCGUCAACAGCCACACAAACCUGGAGCUCCACGCCUCCUUCGUGUGCCUUGUCAUGUCCUUUUACCUCGACCAAGAGGACGUGGCCUUGAAGCACUUCCCCCGCUUCUUCCUGCGCCGCUCUGAUGAGCACAACGAGCGGGCCGAGGGCCUGAUGCGCCUGCAGAACCUGCGUGGGGGCCAGAUCACUUUCCACGACAUCAGGAGGCCAGACACCGACGACUGGGAGAGCGGCCUCAAGGCCAUGCAGUACACCUUGCUCCUGGAGAAGCGCGUCAACCAGAGCCUGCUCGACCUGCGCCAGCUGGCCACCGACAAGAGGGACCCCCAACUGUGUCACUUCCUGCAGACCCACUACCUCAGCCGGCAGGUGGAGUUCAUCAAAGAGCUGGGGAAUCAUGUCACCAGCCUGAGCAAGAUGGAAGCCCCAGAGGGCGACAUGGCAGAGUACCUCUUUGACAAUCUCACGAUGGGCAAUGGCGACGAGAACUGA